GCUUCGUCCGGUGUGCUUACUGUCGGCUGAAAGCACAAAUUAAAUUGUGCCCGUGGGCACUGCGGCAGCCCGUUCCCUUCAAGGCCUGAGAGGAGAGCGGUCCUCAGAGCAUCAGACGUCACACUAUCGCAGGGAACCAGCACUCACAGGUAAAGGUGAUCACCUCAGAGGUCAGAGUGCGUGCACAUGGCCGGCCUGCGCUGGGCGGUCGUGGCGCUGACCGUCCUCCUGUCAGCUGGAGACGGUUCGGCUGCUGUGGACCAGACGUGGCUCACAAGUAUCAUCGACGGCAUCAAGAAGGAGUACGCGCUCCCGGACGCCUUCAGCCUGGCCGUGAGCGUCCCGGGGAACCAGGACGUGAGCGACCUCCCGCGGCUCCUCCAGGAGGACCCGGCGGACCGCGUGAGAAAAGCCGUCUCCGGCGGCGGAGUGUACCGGGGCGCCCGGGUGGUGGCGGCGCCGCUGUCGCAGGUCCUCGAUAACCUGCAGACCCUCGCGGGCAGCAGCCAGGGCCGCUUCCUCGUCAUCUACGCCAAACGCUCCCCGUGCUCCCCCGCGGACGCCGGCGCCCUCGGCGACAAGGUCGACGUGGUGCGCCGGUGGCCCGGUUACGCCUUCGUGUUUUCCGAAGCCGGCCCCGCCGACGCGUCCUUCCGGUGUCCCGCGGUGUCCAAGCUGGGCCUCGACAACGUCUUCCGCUGCUACGCGCCCGCGGGCGACGCGCUGCUGCGCUGCGACACGUGCGCUUCGGGCGGAGGGGUCGCGCCUUCGUGCGCGGGAGGGGGGAGGUUCCGAGGUCCGCGCUCGCUAGCGGGUACCGACGACGAGGUGGCGCCGGGUGGCGGGGAAGCGGGCGUCACCGAAGCCCCGGCUGAGGGCGUGGGCGAGGCCGAAGCCCCGGAUAACGGCGUGGGCGAGGCCGAAGCCCCGGAUAACGGCGUGGCCUUACCCAAGGAAGCCGGCGGAGGGGGGGAGGGGGGCAAGGCGGCGAAGCAAUGCAAGCGGAAAGGACGCGGCAAGCGCAAGAGAGGCGGCGUGAGAAAGAAGAGCCGCAAGAGGGGCCGCAAAGGUAAAAGAGGGCGGGGCGUCAAGAAGCGCGGCGGGAGCAGGAGCAGGAGCAGGAGCAAGGGCAGGAGCAGGAGCAGGAGCAAGGGCAGGAGCAGGAGCAAGGGCAGGAGCAGGAGCAGGAGCAAGGGCAGGAGCAGGAGCCGGAGCAAGGGCAGGAGCAGGAGCCGGAGCAAGGGCAGGAGCAGGAGCAGGAGCAGGAGCAGGAGCCGGAGCAGAGGCAGGCGAUGGGGGCUGGAGUGACGCGGGUCAAAGGGCCCCGCGGAGUUUCCUGAGACAAACCAGCAGCGCUUUCUUAAGCCUUUAAUAGAUUUAGCCUUUGCCUGUAGCCAUUAUAUCAUUUCAACCGGCUUCAUCAAAAUUAAACUUGAUAAGAAAAAAGCAAUCAGGGGGGCGAAUAGACAACUGUAACGGUCCAAUUAACAGGUGGAGGUUGAUCCACAUCAGCCCAUUUCCUGGUCCUUUGUAAAGUCAAAUAUAGAGAGUGACUAGUCAAGAAUAAAAUUGAGGUGUGAGGUCCAGUCGUUGCCUCACUGUUGAUGAGAUAAUGGUUCGAAUCCCGGCUGCUCCAUGUGCCAUGUCAAAGUGUUCCUGAGCAAGACACCCAACCCCUAAUCGCCCCCCCAAAAUGUAACGCAUGGGUUAUAAUGCAAUGUAAGUCGCUUUGGAUAAAAGCGACAGCUAAAUGACAUGUGAUGUAGUGACUAAUGCUCCAAAGCGCUGAUAUAAGUCACUGAACCUCUGUUCUGCUGCUUUUCUGAAUAAAGCUCGUCUCAGCAUC